AUGUCGUCGUCCUCAGCACCACAAAAGGUUUCUUUCACAGUCCGCAGGCCGACUCCAGAAUCGCGAGGAAUAUCUCCGGGCUCAGAUGAUGAACUAGUAACAGGCUUUGACAGGUUUGGCGUUCAGCGGGCCUUUGAAAAGAAGAAGGCGAAAGAAGGUCCUCUCGUCAUUCCCGCCUUGAAAAACAAGGACUGGAGAGAACUCGCUCGAAAGCGUCGCAGCCAAGGGCAGUUUGUGCCUGACUCGGCCAAAACAUCCACUGGUGCCGAUGGAAGUGUCGGCGGUCUUGGGACAAGGGAGACCAUAAACACCGGGCCCGUCAUUUCUGGCUUGCAGGUUAGGAAAAAGCGAGAGACAGUCGAAGUCAAAAAUGAGGACGGUGACGUCGUGAUGAACGAGGAGGUUCAGGAGGAAGAAGUGACAGAAACCGAAGAACAACGCGCCUUGCGAGCACUGCUCGCGGAAGCCAAUGGCCAGGUCCAAGACGACGCCUAUAUUGCUGCCAUUCCUACACCUAUCUCAGAGGCCGAUGCCCUGAAGCAAGAUGUCGAUGAACUACCCGAUGUUGCGACCUUGGAAGACUAUGAGCGCGUCCCUGUGUCACAAUUCGGCGCCGCGAUGUUGCGUGGGAUGGGAUGGAAAGAGGGACAAGCUGCAUCUCGCAAAGGAAAAGGCAUGAUCGAGCCCUAUAUUCCCGCUGCGCGGCCAGCCCUCCUUGGAAUCGGGGCCAAAGAACAGGAAGUCUAUGACGAUGGAAGCAAGUUGAAACGAAAGUCCGGAAAACCUCCACUGCGUUAUAUGCCCGUUGCCAGAUUGGAGAGGACUGAUUCUGGAGAUCCCCAAUCUCGAGAUAGGUCCAGGUCACCCAAGCGCUCUUCAACCACUCGUUCCAGGCAUACUUCGCGCUCUCCUGACCGUGCCGACAGGUCGAGGUACGAUCGCGACGAUAGCUCCAAACGAAGGAGGGAUAGGGACGAUUAUGGAAGCAGUCGGGAUAAGGAUAGGGACAGGGACUACAGACGCAGCAAGGAGAGUGGCCGGGAUCGAGAACGAAAUGGAGACAGGGAUAGAGAUCGGGAUAAUAAGAGGGACAGGGAGAGAGACAGAGGUCGGCGAAGGGACUACGACUAUGACCGAAGCCGUCGAGAUUCUGAACGGAGGAGGGACUAUUGA